UGCGGUCUCAGAGGCUCUCCACACGCUUCCAGCGAGACACAAAAGGAGACUUUAGCUCAAGAUGUCACCUGGAGAAAACCUGCAGCAGCCCAGCACGAUAUGAAGAUUGUGUGUUACAAGUUACAUUUGAUUUGUAGAGUCGCAGAAAUCCUUCCAGAGAGAUAGCUCCUCGACUCCUUUCUUUUAUCCACUUAAACAAAGCGUCAGCUAGAGUUUUUCAAACAACGACUACAAAAGGACUACUGAACUCCACACUGAUCAUCUGUAAAGGCGAACUUUGUCACCAUGACUUCCGAAAAGAAAGUUGAAGACGAGGCAGUCUUGGACAGAGGAGCGUCCUGUGUCAAACAUGUCUGCGAUGAACAGGAAGUGGAGGGUCACCACACUGUGUACAUUGGUGUGCAUGUUCCCAAGAGCUACCACCGCAGGAGACGCCACAGACGCAAGUCCAGCCACAAGGAGAGGCGGGACCGGGCCGAGCACGGCACGGAGGGGUCCAAGUCGGACGGGGACAACGCAGACGAAUCCCCUCCAAGCAUCCUCAAACCCCUCAUUUCUCCGGCUGACAGGAUCAGGUUUAUCCUGGGAGAGGAAGACGAUGGCCCCCCUCCUCCUCAGCUUUUCACAGAGCUGGACGAGCUCCUGUCUGUGGACGGGCAGGAGAUGGAGUGGAAGGAAACAGCCAGAUGGAUCAAGUUUGAGGAGAAGGUGGAGAAGGGUGGUGAGCGGUGGAGUAAGCCUCAUGUGGCCACGCUGUCCCUACACAGCCUGAUGGAGCUCAAAACAUGCAUCGAGAAGGGCACCAUCAUGCUGGACCUGGAGGCCUCCACGCUGCCGCAGAUUGUCGAGAUGAUCAUCGACAGCCAGAUUGAGACCGGUCAGCUGAAGUCCGACCAGAAGGAGAAGGUCGUGUACACGCUGCUACGAAAGCAUCGCCACCAGACCAAGAAGUCCAACCUGCGCUCCCUCGCUGACAUUGGCAAGAGUGUUUCCAGUGCAAGUAGACUGUUCAGCAACCAGGAGAACGGUAGCCCAACCACUGCCCACAGAAACCUCACCUCCAACAGCCUGAGUGACUUCUCCGACAAACCAGAGAAGGAUCAGCUGAAGAAUAAGUUCAUGAAGAAGUUGCCCCCUGAUGCAGAGGCAUCAAACGUGCUGGUUGGAGAGGUGGACUUCCUGGAAGCCCCCUUAGUGGCAUUUGUUCGCCUGCAGCAGGCCGUCAUGCUGGGGUCUCUGACCGAGGUCCCUGUGCCCACCAGAUUUCUCUUUAUCCUGCUGGGCCCCAAAGGUAAAGCGAAGUCCUAUCAUGAAAUUGGAAGAGCCAUCGCCACCCUGAUGUCAGAUGAGGUGUUCCAUGAUAUUGCCUACAAAGCAAAGGACAGGGAGGACCUGCUGGCAGGUAUCGAGGAGUUCCUGGACGAGGUGAUCGUGCUGCCCCCCGGAGAGUGGGACCCCGACAUCAGGAUAGAGCCCCCCAAGUCUCUGCCCUCCGCAGACAAGAGGAAAAACAUGUAUUCUGGACAAGAGGCGCCUCAGAUGAACGGUGACACUCCCCAUGAUGCAGGACAUGGAGGAGGAGGAGGAGGAGGAGGACACGCGGUUGGAGAGGAGCUUCAGCGCACAAAAAAGUUUUGUGGAGGUCUCAUCCUGGAUAUCAAGCGGAAGCUGCCAUUUUUCGCCAGUGACUUCUACGAUGCACUCCAUAUCCAGUCUCUGUCGGCCAUAUUGUUCAUCUAUCUAGGCACAGUCACCAAUGCGAUCACAUUUGGAGGCUUGCUUGGUGAUGCAACAGAAAACAUGCAGGGAGUAUUGGAGAGUUUCCUGGGCACAGCGCUGACAGGAAUAGUGUUCUGUCUGCUGGCCGGGCAGCCGCUCACCAUUCUCAGCUCCACAGGCCCAGUGCUGGUCUUUGAGAGACUUCUCUUCAGUUUCAGCAAAGACAACGAGUUGGACUACCUAGAGUUCCGGCUGUGGAUCGGGCUGUGGUCGGGGGUAUUCUGUCUGGUGCUGGUCGCCACGGACGCCAGUUUCCUGGUGCAGUACUUCACACGAUUCACAGAGGAAGGCUUCUCCUCGCUCAUCAGCUUCAUCUUCAUCUACGAUGCUUUCAAAAAGAUGUUGAAGCUGGCCCACCACAACCAGAUUAACUCCGGCUACGAUCCCAACCUCGUCACCAUCUACGACUGCAGCUGCAUGCCUGGCAACUCAUCAGAUGUCCAUGAUCUCUCUCCAUGGUCAAACAGUACUGAUAUGCAAAUGAAUGCCACAUGGGCAUCCCUGAACAUGGAGCAGUGUCUGAAGUUCGGAGGGCAGCUGGUCGGAAGCGCCUGUGGCUACGUGCCUGACAUCACCCUGAUGUCCUUCAUCCUGUUCUUUGGGACCUACGCCUGCUCCAUGGCUCUGAAGAAGUUUAAGUUCAGCCUCUUCUUCCCCACCACAGUGAGGAAGCUAAUCAGUGACUUCGCCAUCAUCCUGACUAUUCUUCUGUUCUGCGGCGUGGAUGCUCUUGUGGGUGUGAACACUCCAAAGCUCAUAGUGCCGAGUCAAUUCAAGCCCACGAGUCCACUGAGGGGCUGGUUUAUUCCUCCGUUUGGAGGGAACCCUUGGUGGGUUUACCUGGCAGCUACCAUCCCCGCCCUGCUGGUCACUAUUCUGAUAUUUAUGGACCAGCAGAUCACUGCUGUGAUUGUCAACAGGAAGGAGCACAAACUCAAGAAAGGGGCAGGCUAUCACUUGGAUCUGUUCUUGGUGGCGGUCCUGAUCAUUAUCUGCUCCUUCAUGGGCCUGCCGUGGUACGUGGCUGCGACCGUCAUCUCCAUCGCUCACAUCGACUCUCUGAAGAUGGAGACCCAGACGUCAGCCCCCGGGGAGCAGCCCAAAUUCCUGGGAGUCAGGGAGCAAAGAGUCACCGGUAUCAUUGUUUUCCUCCUGACGGGACUCUCUGUCUUCAUGGCCCCUAUCCUCAAGUUCAUUCCCAUGCCAGUGCUCUACGGUGUGUUCCUCUACAUGGGGGUGGCCUCGCUCAACGGUGUCCAGUUCAUGGACCGGCUGCAGCUGCUGCUGAUGCCGGCCAAGCACCAGCCGGACCUGAUCUACCUGCGCCACGUCCCCCAGAGACGCAUCCACCUCUUCACCUUCAUCCAGGGCCUGUGUCUGGCCCUCCUCUGGGUCCUCAAGUCCACCGUGGCUGCCAUCGUCUUCCCCGUCAUGAUCUUGGCGCUGGUUGCCGUUCGCAAGGCGAUGGACUACGUGUUCUCCCAGCACGACCUCAGCUACCUGGACGACGUCAUCCCAGAGAAAGACAAGAAGAAGAAGGAGGAUGAGAAGAAAAAGAAAAUCAAGAAGAAGGGAAGCAUAGACAGCGAAAUCGAAUUUCAGUCUGACUACCCCUACAAUGACAAUGUACCCAGUAUAAAAAUCUCCAUGGAUAUGAUGGAGGAGCAGGAACCCAUGUUGGGUGAUAAAUCUAUGGAUAGAGAUCAACCCCAGACUGUCCCUAACACGCAUUCGCCGUGCUGAUCCAUACUUUGACUCUUCCACAGUGGCAGAGUGAUCUGAGCAAAGAUUCAUACGAAAAAGGGUUGCCUCAGAUUGGUCUCUAAGGAAAGCACUUUCUCUUGGAGGAAGGGCUCUGAAUCAAAUCUGUGACUCAACUAUCCAGAGAUGCAGAACAACACGGCACACAUCCUCUUUUGCAAUAUUGAACCUCUUGUUUUUUUUCAAUAUUCCCUAUGCAAAUCAAAAUGGCUGGAAGUAUUUGUCUUCAAAUUGACACAGGAUACAUUAGUGGAUUCCUGCUCUGCAUGCAUUCUUGCAGGAAACAGGGCUACUCGAGGUCAUCUGUAUGCAUUUUUAAGUGGCUUUUAAAGAGUUUGUGAUGUCAGGGUUUUUUUUCCAGCACACAUUCAUAUCAUAUGAAUGUGUAUUAUAAUUGGUGUCCAACUAAGAUACAUUAUUUUUAUCCAAAGAUGUCCAAAAUUCACUACGUAUUUUUUUUUCUUUCAAAGAUUUCUUCCAAACAUAACCAGCUUUUCUGAAAGUACUUUUUUACGUUUUGAAUCAUAACCACUGGAACCUUAAGAGUGGAGGUACUGAAGUUUGAGGCAAGAAAAGAGGAUGGACAUAAGAAAUCUCCCUCUACUCACAGUGAACAAAAGGGCUACACGAGGUCAUCUGCGCACAGUCAUGAGCGUGAACAUACAUUUUGUAUUUAUGGGCGUAUAAAUUAUUUAUCAAGAGUCUAAGACUUUACAUUCACAAAAAACUCCCAGAAGUUCAUGCAAGAUUAUUUUUGUUCCAUUUUUGGUAAACGCUAACACCAGACAGACUUUGACUUCUGUUUCUGUCUAACUUUUCCUUUUUUUCCUCCUGUAUUUAUUAUAUUUAAACAGUUUGAACCUAUGGCUUUACUAUUUAACUCCCUCAUUUGUGCAAAUUCCACGAUAUUCCCCCUUGUCGUCUAUCCUCUGUCUUUUUCCCAGUUUUAGGGAGAUUUAGAUGUUAAUAUACCUGUAUUUAGCUCUACCUCUUAUGAUUUUGUAGGUGCCAGGUAUUAUAUAUUAAAUUAAUCUGUUUUGCAAUUAUUUGUGAUCAAACACUUUCGUUUUAACCGGCACUGAUUUAGAAUCUCUGAGUCUUCAGAUGACUCCCUUUUUGCUCUAUGACACUUAAGAUAUCGAUUUUUUUUGUUUGUCUUUUGACAAAUUAUGUAUAAUUUUUGCAGUGUUUUUAAGGGUAAUUCCACCAAAAUCUAAUUUUUCAUCCCUAAAAUAUUUUUUAAUUGUUCCAGUACUGAAGAAAGGGGGAAAAUGAUGACUGUAACCAUUUACACGCAUGACUGUGAACUCGCCCCGCAAAUAUUUUAGUUGAAUAUCCUUUUAAGAUGUGAUCAUAUUUAAAAGCUGUUCAAUGUGAUGCAUUUUCAAUCAUUGAGUACAUUUGUGUUUUGUUUUUUUAAAUGAUGUAAUGUGUUUUUAUUUUUUAAUGCAAAUCAACAAACAAUCACUGUGAGGUAAUGCAACGUUGUGACUUUCAGUCCUGGAAGAAAAAUUAGCUUUAUAUGAGGUAAAAAGUGUUUGUGCAACAGCUUUAUUUUAAAAUGGACAUUUUACUGAGAAUCUUUUAAUUUAUCAUUUACAGUUUUUCUGUGUUAUUCAAAUAACUGUGUGAAGUACACACUAAACUGAUUUAUGAUAUUAAUGCAUAUCUGAAUGUAAUGCAUCUGAAUAAUUUAUAAUGCAUAUAUUCCUUGAAGAAAAUCCCAAUCAGCACUGCUUCUAAUCUGAUUUGUGUGCAAAUAAGGGCUUUAAUGCUUUCACAAUAAUACACUGUCAAGAUGUGAAGCACAAGACUGUUACAAUAGCUAUGAACCAAAAACAUGGUCUUCCACUUUGUUCUGUGAUCUGUAUAUCUGGACUUUUUGACUUUCUGGUUGUGAUUCCACAAUGAAUGAUAUCUUUUUGAAUUCUGAAACAGAUUUUAUACAAUCAUCGUGUUUGCUUGAAAUCCAUAGGUUACUCUGAAGGAAGCAGACUUCUGUUUUUUUUUAAUGGAGUUGUGUUUCGAAUGAGCCCAAUAAAACUGUUCAAAUGAUUCUUAAA